AUGGAUCUAUGGUUUCACUCGAUCCGGAUUUGCUGGUGGAGGGUUUUGUUCCUGAUGAGUGUUUUCCAGGACUAUCUGAGCUCCAUGCUGGACUGCCCGCUGACCUGCAGCUGCUCUCAAACAGAGAUCUAUUGCAAUAAGUCCGACAACGGCAGGUUUUUCCCUUUACUCGCCCUGCAAGACACUGGGAGCAAUGGGAGCAGCGUUGACAUAGCAGAGUUAUUCAAAAACAUCAGCUCUAUACACAUAGAGAACUGGACAGGACUGCAGACUCUGAGAGACGUCGAUAUGGAGCUCUACACUGGACUACAGAGACUAACCAUCAUGAAUUGCAACCUGAAGUCGAUCCAACCUCGAGCUUUCGCUCAGAACCCACACCUACGCUACAUAAACUUGUCAAAGAAUCCUCUCACCACUCUGUCAUGGCAGCUCUUCCAGCACCUCCAACUCUCCGAGCUGCGUCUGGAUGGCGUGGUGUUUGACUGCGGCUGUGAUAUCCGCUGGAUCCAGCUGUGGCAGCAGAGAGGGGAGGCCGGGCUCCACACACAGCAGCUCUACUGCAAGAACGGAGCCUCCAAGAUACGACUGCACAACAUGUACAUCCACAACUGUGACUUACCAGAGAUCAGCGUGAGCCACAGCAGUGUGUUGGUGAUGGAGGGCGACAAUGUGACGGUGAGCUGCAAUGGAUCCGGAUCACCGCUGCCUGAAGUGGACUGGACUGUCAGCGGCCUGCACUCCAUCAACACACACCUGUCAAAUGUGUACUGGCCCAACAUCCACUCUAUCAACCUGACUCUUUUCAACAUGAGCCGAGAUGACAACAACUUCCAGCUGUCCUGCAUUGCGGAGAACGUUGUGGGCAUGACCAACUCCUCCAUUCAGCUCAACGUACAAUUUCCCCCAGUCAUCCUAAGACUGGCUGAGCCCGAGCAACGCCACGAUACCUGCAUCGAGUUCACGGUUCGGGGUUACCCCCAUCCCAAGCUGCGCUGGUUCCACGAGCAAAAGGAGAUUCUAAAGAACGAGUACAUCCGCACCGAGAUGGACUUCUACCAGGACUAUCUGGAGGGCUGUCUGACCUUCCAGAACCCAACGCACAUCAACAACGGCAACUACACCCUGGAGGCCAGCAACCCUCUGGGGACGGUCACCAAGACGGUGUAUGGUCACUUCCUCACGGCCCCUGGCAUCGACGACGAAGUUCCUUCGACGCCGUCAGAUGGUGAUGCAGGCCGACCAGAUGAAGAUACGUUUGGGGUUUCCAUUGCUGUGGGUUUGGCGGGCUUCGCUUGCGUCCUCCUCCUCGUCCUUUUUGUUCUCAUCAACAAAUACGGCCGCCGCUCCAAAUUCGGUAUGAAAGGUCCAGUAGCUGUAAUCAGUGGUGAGGAAGACUCUGCCAGCCCUCUCCAUCAUGUCAACCAUGGGAUUAUUACCCCCUGUACUCUGGAUGCGGGUCCUGAUGCGGUUGUCAUAGGGAUGACUCGUAUUCCUGUGGUGGAGAAUCCACAGUACUUCAGACAUGGACACAACUGCAACAAGCCAGCCACCUUUGUCCAGCAUAUAAAGCGGAGAGACAUCAUCCUGAAAAGGGAGUUGGGUGAGGGAGCGUUCGGGAAAGUCUUCCUGGCAGAGUGCUACAACCUCAGCCCCACCAAGGACAAGAUGCUGGUGGCUGUCAAGACACUAAAAGAUCCCAACUUGUCGGCGAGAAAGGACUUCCAGAGGGAGGCAGAGCUGCUGACCAAUCUGCAGCACGACCACAUCGUUAAAUUCUACGGAGUGUGUGUCGAUGGAGACCCUCUCAUCAUGGUGUUCGAAUACAUGAAGCAUGGAGACCUCAACAAAUUCCUCAGAGCCCACGGCCCGGACGCCAUGAUCCUGGUCGACGGCCAGCCACUGCAGUCCAACGGAGAGCUGGGCCUUUCCCAGAUGCUGCACAUCGCCACCCAGAUUGCCUCGGGUAUGGUCUACCUGGCCUCCCAGCACUUUGUCCACAGAGAUCUGGCAACCCGUAAUUGCCUGGUGGGCAAUGGCCUGCUCGUCAAAAUUGGAGACUUCGGCAUGUCCAGGGACAUCUACAGCAGUGACUACUACAGGAUAACAGCUCUCCCUCCCCAGUGCAGCCCGGUGCGCCUGAUUCUGUUUUCCCAGCGUGACAGCUGGGCCAGUUCUGACUUUGCUGGGGGCAACGCCAGCAGUUAUGAAGUGCUUGCCUGCUGGGUUGGAGGACAUACCAUGCUACCUAUUCGCUGGAUGCCUCCAGAGAGCAUCAUGUACAGGAAAUUCUCCACGGAAAGUGACGUCUGGAGCUUCGGAGUCAUCUUGUGGGAGAUCUUUACGUACGGGAAGCAGCCUUGGUUUCAGCUGGGGAACAAUGAGGUUAUUGAGUGCAUAACCCAGGGUCGGGUUCUGGAGAGGCCACGGAUUUGUCCUAAGGAGGUGUAUGACAUCAUGCUGGGCUGCUGGCAGAGGGAACCGCAGCAGCGACUGAACAUUAAGGACAUUCAGAAGGUCCUGUUCGCCAUGGGAAAAGCCACGCCGGUCUACCUGGACAUCCUGGGCUAG